AUGCCCAAAGGAAAGGAAGCUAAAGGGUUUAAGGUCACCCUCAAGAUAGCCAAAAAGGCGAUACGGAUGACACCAGAUGGACAUCGCAGAUUGACCCUUAGCAACAUGGGUAUAACCAUCUUCCCAAAGUGUCUCCUCAAGCUCACCAAUUUCGAUGAGUUGGACCUCAGCCGCAACCUGAUUAGGAAACUCCCAGACAGCUUUGGGAAUUUCUCAUCACUUAGAUGGCUUGAUUUGCACAGCAACAAACUGGAGUCUGUGCCAGAGUCAAUCGGUAACCUGGUGGUGCUUAGCCACCUCAACCUCUCUAACAAUUUCCUAACCUCGGCAGGUUUACCCUCCACUCUGGGUUCUCUUAUCAGUCUGAAGUGUCUCAAUCUGGGGAUGAACAAGCUGGACAACCUACCUCCCACUAUGUUGGCUCUGGACAGUCUCCAAGAGUUUUGCCUGUUUGAUAACCUCUUCAUCAACCUACCAGACUUUCUGCAUGUCCUAAAAAACCUCACCAAAUUAAACAUGAAACGAAAUCCUCUAUCGUAUGUUCAGGAGGAUGGUGAGGAGCUGCUACAGAAGAAAUCUAAACCAGAGGAGGAAAUGUACCUGGUAUGUGAGAAGAGCCUGUGUAGGCCAUGCUUUAAAAGAUGCAAAGAACAAAGGGAAAGGCUUACAGGAGGAGAAGUAAGUAAUAUGAUUGAGGAGAAAAGGAUAAGGACUUAUGCAGGACUGAUGGUGCCAAACUCAGUAGCUGCACUCAAUCAGGAUGUGUGGAGAAUCAGAUAGGUGGAGCAAGAGACAAUA